CCCGGCAAGACGGACCGGACGCAGUGGGCGGGCGGGAGCGCGAAGUCUCUGCGGGGCCUGCUGAGCUUGUUCCGAGGCGGUUAGCUGUGGCUUUCCGGGGUCCGUGGUUGCCGCCGCCGUGGUCCCCACCGUCUCAUGGCGGCCAUCGGCGUGCACCUCGGCUGCACGUCGGCCUGUGUGGCCGUCUACAAGGAUGGCCGGGCUGAUGUGGUUGCAAAUGAUGCAGGUGACAGGGUUACUCCAGCCAUUGUUGCUUACUCAGAAAAUGAGCAGGUGGUUGGACUGGCAGCAAAGCAAAGUAGAAUAAGAAAUAUUGCAAAUACAGUAAUAAAAGUAAAGCAGAUCCUUGGCAGAAGCUGUGAUGAUCCACAGGCUCAGAAAUACAUCUUGGAGAGUAAAUGUUUAGUUAUUGAGAAAAAUGGGAAAUUACGAUAUGAAAUAGAUACUGGAGAAGAAACAAAAUUUGUUAAUCCAGAAGAUGUUGCCAGACUGAUAUUUAGUAAAAUGAAAGAAACAGCACAUUCUGUCUUGGGCUCAGAUGCAAAUGAUGUAGUUAUUACUGUUCCAUUUGAUUUUGGAGAAAAGCAAAAAAAUGCUCUUGGAGAAGCAGCUGGAGCUGCUGGAUUCAAUGUGUUGCGAUUAAUACAUGAGCCAUCUGCGGCCCUUCUUGCUUAUGGGAUUGGACAAGACCAGCCUACUGGGAAGAGCAAUGUUUUGGUAUUUAAGCUUGGAGGAACAUCAUUGUCUCUCAGUGUGGUGGAAGUUAACAGUGGAAUGUAUCGGGUUCUUUCAACAAACACUGAUGAUCACAUUGGGGGCGCACAUUUCACAGAAACCUUAGCCCAGUAUCUGGCUUCUGAGUUCCAGAGGUUGUUCAAACAUGAUGUGAGGGGAAAUGCCCGAGCCAUGAUGAAACUGAUGAACAGUGCUGAAGUGGCCAAACAUUCUUUGUCAACCUUGGGAAGUGCCAACUGUUUCCUAGAUUCAUUGUAUGAAGGUCAGGAUUUUGAUUGCAAUGUGUCCAGAGCAAGAUUUGAACUUCUUUGUUCUCCACUUUUUAAUAAAUGUAUAGAAGCAAUCCGAGAACUUUUAGAUCAAAGUGGAUUUACAGCAGAUGAUAUCAGCAAGGUUGUCCUUUGUGGAGGGUCUUCUCGAAUCCCAAGGCUACAGCAGCUGAUUAAAGAUCUUUUCCCAGCUGUGGAGCUUCUCAGCUCCAUCCCUCCAGAUGAGGUUAUCCCUAUCGGUGCAGCUAUAGAAGCUGGGAUCCUUACUGGGAGAGAAAAUACAUUAUUAGAUGACUCUCUUUUGAUAGAGUGUUCAGCCAAGGAUAUUUUAGUUAAGGGAGUAGAUGAAUCAGGUGCCAACAGAUUCACAGUACUGUUUCCAUCUGGGACUCCUCUGCCAGCCCGAAGACAGCACACUUUACAAGCCCCUGGCAGUAUAUCUUCAGUAUGCCUUGAACUCUAUGAGUCUGAAGGGGAAAACUCUGCUAAAGAAGAAACUAAGUUUGCACAGGUUGUACUCCAGGAUUUAGGUAAAAAAGAAAAUGGAUUACGUGAUAUAUUAGCUGUUCUUACUAUGAAAAGGGAUGGAUCUUUACAGGUGACAUGCACGGAUCAAGAGACUGGAAAAUGUGAAGCAAUCACUGUUGAGGUUGCAUCCUAACUGUUUUAGAUAAACCAAGAGUUUUUUAAAAUUAUAAUAUCAAUAUAAUUUGUUUUUGUGUAUAAGUGAUGUUUAUAUUAAAAUGCUUUUUCAAUGGGUGGUAUAAGCUAUGUUUCUAUUAAAGUACAAUACAUUAGUAA